AAAAUCAGUUGUUCAAAUGUAUUGCAAUCAAUAUACAAAAAGUCAUACAGACAUAAAAUUGAUAUGCAGAUAGAUAUGUACAUAUAGCAGUACCGUUAUAGAUGGGAGAACUCAUUUCCGCUCACUGUUUGACAGCUUUGCUGAUAUGGAAAUACAUAUAGUAAUAACUAAAUGUGAAGGUGGUUGGUUUAAACAAAACCAUAUUAUGAUGUGAAACCAACAACAACAAACACAUGUACAUGUGUAAAUAUGUUUUAACCAGCAUGAUUGUAGGUGGCAUUUGUGUAUGACACUACCAAUUUCGCCUUUUUAUGCUUAAAGGUAUCACAGUAUAGUCCAUGACUUCGGCUUGCGCAGAACAACGAGCGGAAAACACAAUAAAAACUGUAUUAAAUUCGGAAAAAAAUCUAUAAGCAUAUUUAAUAACAACGGAAACAUUUAAUAAAAGCCAAAAAAAAGUAGAGUGAAAAAAUUGUAACAAAGGGCAGCCGGAAAAUACUAACAUUUGCAUGUUGUAUGAGUAAACCCAGUGAAGCGUGAGCAAUUUUUUGUUUCUCAUCGCUGUUGCUCGGUCUGUGUACGUUUGUGCGUGCGGUUACAAACACAAAUAUCUGUAUGCUUCUGCAUGUACUUUACAAGUAAUUAAUAUUUCAAUACCAAUUAUAUAACAUUAAUGACGCGAAUUGUGAAAUAAAAAAUGCACAAAAUUUAAUUGCAGAAAUACAAAUGUGUUUCGCCAUAAGUGCCAAGCACUAAUCAAUAGCAUAUCUACAUACAUAUAUAUAUAUUGUGUAUCCAAGAAUAUAUGCAACUAAGUUAAUCCGGCGAUUUGUAUUUCAUAGUUUUGCCAAAAUUCCAAGUUUUUUUAUACAAAAAAAAAGUUAAUAAAUAUGCAAGAGUGCAUUUGCCAAAUUUUAACUAAUUUAAUAUAGAAAAAAAGAGAGUUCUUAAUUAAAUGCCAGUAUGGCCACGGUCAAUGCAAAUCCCAUCAGCACUAGUUGCCAAAGCAUCGUCUCGGCUGGCGGCCCGAGUGCUGGCAGUUUGGGUACGAUUGUUAUUGGCGGCGCCGCGACACCGGCCAACCAACAACGUUCGACAACCCACUAUGUUAACGGUACUGGCAGUUUGGGUCGUCUCAAGUAUCAUAAUAAGCACAAGAGUCUGGAUGCAAGCGAUGAGGAGCUCGAUUAUUCGCAGUUGUCGCAAUCAACGCAUAUCAUUGGACGCGUCAGAUCGGAACGUUUUCUGGCAUCGAAACCCGACGAAGAUCGCCGUAGACGUACCAUCAUUAUUGAAAAGAAGAAUGACUCAUACGGCUUCACACUGCAGAGUUAUGGCAUACACUAUAAGAAGGAUCAGGAAGUAGAGAUGAUUACGUACGUUGAUUAUGUGGAAUAUGAUGGACCGGCUUAUAAGGCUGGUAUGCGCGAAGGCGAUGUUAUAUUGUCGAUAAACGGUAGAGAUAUGGAGAAGGCGGAUCAUAAGACAAUUGUCGAUUUUAUAAAGAGCUGUGAUACGCGCAUGCGUAUGGUUGUGCUUUUUGAAGACUGUGUGCGUAAGGUGGACCUCCACAUGCGUUAUAUACAAUUACAAAACUUGUUGCACAGCAAAAUGAAUGAACUGGAAAGGAUUUGUCUGCGUGAACGCGAACUACUUGAAGGCAAGUGGAAGACACACAGUUUACCGGCGCGCAAAAAGGCCACCACAUCACCGACAGACGCCGAGAGCGGUAUAUCGCCAACAGAUGGAGAAACACAAAAUUUGCCAUACUAUCGACCGGCAUUGUCCACCGAAGAUGUGCCCAGCAUGGCAAGAUUUCAGUCACAACAACAAGCCAUCAUACCGCCUCCAGCACAAUUUAUGCUCACCUAUCAUUAUUUGGAUCCGACCUAUCGUUACGUUAUGAAGCCGGCCACCUCGAAUAGCAGCGGCGAGCAUUUAGCUGGUUCAACCGGUGGUGUUGAGGGCAUACAGCGUAGUCCAAGUGAGCAGCACUUCAUUUUACGCCAUACAGAAUCCCUUGAUACGGCCACAGGCAUGGCGAGUCUUUCGCAGCGCAGCGCCUUGAGUCAGCCGCAGAGCGGAGUCAGCGCACAAGCUCCAGUACCGCCACCGCGAACUUGUGAAAAACACAAGCCGCCAAAUAAACAGCACUCAGUGGAGCAACAGCAUUACCAACAACAACAACAUCAGCAGCAACAUCAUCAAGCCAAUGCGGCGGUUAUAACACAGAAGACACACAAAUCCGCCAAACAUUGCUAUGGACAUUCGUGUAAUCCCUGUAUCGGUCACUUUCGUUGGAAAUCGGCGGAGAAAGCAGCAGCUACGGCCGCCGCUGCGGCUGGUGGUAAUGGUGGUCUUUCGGUUGGGGGUGGUAAUGGUAAUGGCAACGGCGACAAUAUCAGUUUAGAUGCCUACGAUUUGGCAAGUCCAUGCUGUGAUGCGCAUUGUGUGCCAACGCGACGUCGCAGCCGUCAUAAGGAACACACACACAAACAUAAACAUCGUGAUCGUGAACGUGAUUCUAAGGAACGUCAACCCAGGCCUAAGUCGCAGACUUCACACAACUCGCCCGGUGCCACGCGUCAUCACAUGCAUCACCAUCAUCAUCAUACCGCGCAGGAGAUCUUACAACAGCAGCCACAGCCGCAACAGCAACAACAGCCGCAGCCCCACCAUCACCAUCAUCAUCUAUCGCCACAGCAGCAGCAGCAGCAACAACAUCAACAUCAGCCACAGCCCCCCCAACCCCAUGGAAAUUGCGACUCUCACAAUGGCAGCAUGCGUUCGCGCUACUACGAUUUGACCACCGGUCUAAUGAGCCAUUGCAGUCUACAUUCGUGUACAUCUAGCGAGUUCGCGCCGGCCGAUUCCACUUCGUACACCACGUCGCUUAGCACGGACACCUUGUACUGGGAUCCAAAGAGUGAGCACUCAGCAUCCCGGCAGCAUUCCACCAAAUCUCGCCAGUCUUACCAACAACAAACGCAACAACAUGCACAACAGUCUCAACAACAACAGCAACAUACACAACAUCAUCCACAGCAACAACAGCCGACAGCGCACGUGCACGGCGUCUAUCAACAGCGUUAUCACAUUACUGCCACUCAAGUGCAACCUUCGCAGAUCUAUCCACAAGCCACUUAUGUGCAAAAGCCGAAGUCUUGGGAUAAUCUCACCACCAAAGCGGUGGGCGGUUACGGCUUUGGUUAUGGCUACUUGGACACGGUGACCGUAAAACCCGCUGUGAAACUGCAAAUCGCACAACAACGUCAUUCCAUACCACGUAAGAAUCCCUACGGGCGCUACUCCACUUACACCGAUGUGGAAAACUAUGCGCCACCGCCAUCACAAUUCGUCGAAGAACUUAUUACAACAACAACCACAACGAAGAUUAUGGCUAAAUCGACAGAGGAACUGAUUGCAGCACCGGUGCCACAAACAACUUGUGAUUGUUUGACGAAGCAACAGCAACAGGCGCUCAAAGCGGCACAAUUUCAAUUAAAUCAGGCUGCCAAAGUUUCACAUCACAACAACUGUCAAAUGGGCUACUAUUCACAUUUGCCACGCCCCACCUUGGAUGCGGGCACUUCCACAGUGCAGACUACGACCACUGGUGUGUCAGGUGAUGUGGCGACAGUAUCGGAAGUGACACGUUUGUAGGCAACGCUCGUUUAGACCAAUCAAACAGGAAAGCGAAAAUUGGUCUAAAUUAGAAUCGAUUACGUGGGGAAAAGAUGAGCGAGUUGAGCAGGGGCGUUGAAAAAAAGCUAAUUGCAGUUAAAGUUUAUACGAAAUUCAAGAGGUUCUUGAAGAUUUUCACACAAGAGAUUGAAGAUUUUUCUAGAGAAUUGGUUGAGAUGACAACUACGGACUCACUAUUACCACUACUUUGUAGGCAGUUGAAAUAGGAUUUUGGAAGGAUGUGAAUUUUUCAACUGGAAUUUUCUUUCCGACUGUGAAGAGAAUAGAAAAUUGUAUACAAAACACUAUUUGUGGUUAACUCAUAUGGAAUCUCGACUACAAAGUGGUCGAACCUGAGUUACACCGAAGGAACCGACAAUUUUUGCUUCGAACUCUUGUGAGUCUGUAGAAAGUGAUCAUGGAAUAAUAAGCAUGAUCUAAGGAAUAUACGAGAAGACGACUUGGGGAUAGAACUACCUAUAUAAAAUAAUCCGUUUGAACAUACUCUAGGAACUCAGAUACUGGACACCUAAGUUAAGGUUACUUUGGAAUACGGGGUCGUUAUGUUAAAAGGAAGGAAAAUACUGAUUUUAAAAACAGACUGCCUUAGUUGAGUCUCUUUGUCCACUAUGAAGAUAAUGCCAAAUUCCAACUUGUACAAUUUUUUGUUCUGACCUAUUGAAGGAAAAUUGAGGGAAAAGAAAUUUUUGAAAAGGAUAACUGAAUCAGGAGUUCUGACUAUGUUCAUCUAUAUGAUCUUAGACAUGGAAAGUUUACGGAAAUUAAAUACAAGAUACUAUAUUUAAACGUACAGCCAAAAAUAUUGACAUUAUAUAUUAUAUAUUAUAUUGCACAAUAUAUACUGAACUUUUACUCAUCCAUUACAUACAACGAGAUAUUACAACAAAACGAAAUAUUACACGAGCCAAGUUUUAAGCAUUUUUUAAACGAAACAAACUAAUUUAUCUAACAAAUUUUUAGUACGUAAAAUGAAGACUCGAAAAAGUAAACAAUGCAAUAACAAAUUUGUAGGCGUUUAUAUACAUACAUAUGCAUAUAGUGUUAAUGUGUGCUUGUACAGCGUGGAAUCGUGAGCAGUUUUUUAGACCAAACAUGAAAAAGAAAACAAAAAUAAUAAUAUUUAAUAGUUCCGAGAAACAACUACUUUAAAGUUCAAACAGCCAAAUUAAUGAUAUACAUACAGACAUAUAUGCCAUAACAAAACGAUUUCGUUCAAACAGUAAAGGGAAAAAUAAUUUUUAUAAUUUUUUAUCUAAUGUAAUAUAUAUACAUAUAUAUACAUGCAAACAAACAUAUGCAAUAUUAUAAAUAGUGCUCAUAUAUAUGUAACCAAAGAUAUUUUAAAAUUUAAUGUAGCAUGACGUAAGCAAGUUUAACGAAAUUAGCUUGCACUAAACUGUGAAUAUGAUUUAAGUUUUAAAAGCGAAAAUUGUGAAGUAUAAUUUUAU